CUUAUCAUCUCUGUUCAUCAUUUAGAUAUGGCGACGGCUGAUUUUGAGAAGAGAUGGUCUCUUCAGGGAGCCACCGCUUUGGUCACCGGUGGCUCCAAAGGAAUAGGGAAAGCAAUAGUUGAGGAGUUAGCAAGACUGGGAGCAAAAGUACACGCAUGUGCUCGGAAUCGACAAGAGCUAGAUAAGUCUCUGCAGCACUGGCAAUCCCUGAAGCUUGACGUCACUGCCUCCGUAUGUGAUGUUUCUUCUCGAGCUGAGAGAGAGAAACUAAUGGAGAAUGUCUCUUCUUUGUUCCAAGGAAAGCUCAACAUACUAAUUAAUAACGCAGGGACGAAUUUAUUUAAGACUGCUCUGCAAUUCAAAGAAGAAGAUUAUGAUUUCUUAUUGUCAACAAAUCUGGAAUCUGCAUUCCAUUUGAGUCAAUUGGCUCACCCACUUCUCAAGGCCUCGGGAAUGGGCAGUAUUGUGUUCAUUUCCUCUGUCGCAGGUCUUGUUGGAUUUCCAGAAUCAAGUGUUUAUGGCAUCACUAAAGGAGCAAUGAAUCAGUUAACCAGAAAUCUAGCUUUGGAGUGGGCAAAAGACAACAUCCGAGCAAAUAGCAUAGCCCCAGGGCCAAUAGUAACUCCAUUAAUGCAUGCUUAUUUUGAAGCGAAGGGCACCAUUCCUGCAAUAGAAAGUAUGGGAAUUCCGCUAGGACGUGCAGGUGAUCCAGUGGAUGUGGCCACAAUCGCAGCAUUUCUUUGCAUGCCUACAUCUUCUUAUAUCACGGGUCAGGUUAUUGUUGCCGAUGGGGGAAUGACUAUGGGACGUUUUGCUUCAUGAAGCUAACUAAUUAUCAAAUAUUUCCAAGGAUUUGAAUAGUUAUCCCAGCCCUGCUGUUCUUCUUUGUUUUUAAAAAAUCUUUUUGUUGAUGUUUCUUGUGUGUAUUAAAUAAUUGGGAU